UUUAUUUGCUUUUUAAUGCAACAUUACACAUUUAUUUUAUGUUUGAUGCGAAUGAGUUCUUUAUCAUGAACAAAGGAAUAUAAUUUUUUAUGCACAUGUUUAUACUUGCUUACGCAAAAUUUAUUUUUAUCAGUUUAUCGUUAUCACGACAUUUAUCGUUCACGAGCGAGAAUUAACUAUAAGCUUAAAUAGCAUUACAUUUCCAGAUUAGGUGCCAGGAACAUGCUGUCGUUCCGUGUAUUCGGCAACUGUUUGCCGAUUGUUCUAGUCAUCGGAUUAAACUCUCUUCUAGUCACAGGAACGAAAUAUGAGCUUAAGUUAAUUAAUGUAGUAUUUAGACACGGUGAUCGGACACCCGACAACAAUGGACAUGAAAUGUAUCCAAACGAUCCGUAUUUAAAUUAUUCUUUCUUUCCGGAAGGCCUAGGACAGUUAACUAAUCGGGGAAAGAUGCGUGAGUAUGAGUUAGGGCAAGUCUUGCGGGAUAGAUAUAACAAUUUCUUGGGUGAUUUGUACUUGCCAAAACUUGUCAUGGGUCACAGCUCGGAUUAUGAUAGAACGAAAAUGUCUUUGCAAUUGGUUCUCGCCGGUUUAUUUCCGCCAAUAAAUGUUCAACAACAAUGGAACCCAGUAUUAAAUUGGCAACCAAUUCCUACAACGUAUGUGUCACGUCUUGACGAUAAUUUCUUCUUAUCUGACGAAUGUCCACAAUUUCUUAAUGAAUACGAUCGCGUACUCAGUUUGCCCAAAACGCAAAAAAUAUAUUAUGUAAAGCUUUUGAGUUAUCGGGGUAUUCCAUCAAUCAUCGACGAACUUAACAUCCAAGGUUGCGAAUUAUAUUGCCCUUUCGAUAAAUUUUUGGAUUUAACUCAAGACUUGAUCCCAUCUGACAAGGAACUGAUUUGCGAUAAAAAGAGACUUCGGGAUUAUGCAAAUAUACCAUAUCUUGUUUCUAUGGAAGGUACAAUGUACAAUCUAAUCGUAAGAUCAGCGAUAAAUAAAAAUGGCAGUAAUGAUGCUAAUGUAAAUGUAAAUACGUAAAACACAUAAAACUUA